AUGGAAAGAACUUGUGCAGACCAUUUCAGGAAAAGAUGUUCGGGCAUUGGUUUGGGCUUCGGGUUCAGAGUUGUGGCACUAGAUCCAAACUUUAGAAAGCUUUCAAUCGAUGAUAUUGUGUCAGCUUACUGUAGGUCUAAGAGCAGGGCCAUACUGUUGGACUAUGAUGGCACAGUAAUGCCCCAAAAUUCCAUCAUUAAGUCUCCAAGUACGGAGGUUAUAUCCAUCUUGAACAGACUUUGUGGGGUUCCAGAUAACACAGUGUUCAUUGUCAGUGGUAGAGGGAGGGAAAGCCUAAGCAGGUGGUUUUCUCCUUGCAAGAAGCUUGGAAUUGCGGCAGAACAUGACUAG